AUGGCAACUCACCAGAAACACCAGUAUCCUGAGCAUGCUCAGAACGUGCUGCGGAGGCUGAACCAGCAGAGGCGGGCGGGGCACCCUGUCUGUGACAUCGCUAUACAGGUACAGGACUAUGUCUUCUGGGCCCACAAGUGUAUCCUCUGUGGUUCCUCUGGUUAUUUUGCCUCAAUCCUCACCAACAGUACAACCAGCAGUAAGGUCCAGCUUCCAGGCCUAACUCCUCAAGGUGUAGCCGUGGUGUUAGACUUCAUAUACACCUCUGAGCUCAAACUCACCAUUGAGAAUGCCUUGGAGACGAAUAACGCUGCAAACUUCUUACAAGUGAUGGACAUACUCAACAACUGUAGCACAUUUCUAGCUGCUGCACUGCGCCCACCACCAUCAGAGGUAAGCGGAACAAGGAAUGUCCACUCCACCAGCAGCGAUGUGGGAAACAGGCAGAGUUCGAGCGUGUCCAGUCCGUUGGGGUCUGUGUCUCCUUCGAGUGGGUCCCAGGAUGAUAGCAGGAGCAAGCUGGGUUAUCCGUAUCUAAGUACCAUGCUGCAAGAAUACGCUGCAAAGUCAGCCUCCUCUUCUACUCCUAAUAUCGUAGUCGAAACGUCGGAGAACCAACCGUCUACACAGAGCAUAUCCCGUCCAAGUUCUGGUGCCAAAAAUGCGAGCCAGUCAAACUUCUCGCCUGAGCCUAGCAGACAGACUGACAUACAGAGAGCACCAGAGUGGAGCUCAGGUUCAAAUGACAACUCUAGGGACACGACCUUUAACCCCAGCAGGCUGUCUCAGAGAGACGGGGAGGGCGGAAGGUCAGAGGUCGUGGUGGUGAAGGUCGAAAACGAAGACAACGAGGAGGACACCAUGGGGUCACUGGUUCUCUCCUGCACGUCCGACAGCACCGCCAUCUUGGAGGAGGUCGAAGGUCAGGGGUCAGAGGGCAACGACCCACAGGCUAAUAAUGUCAAAGAGGAGCUCAUGGCGGCAUGCUCUUUGGGUAGCUCUGUUUCGGUAUCACGUGACCUCUAUGUCAGAAACCAGCAUGUCGUUUUCCAGACAGGAGCGGGAGGGAGUGCGGAUCAAGCAGACGUGACGCAGGGUGCCAUUGUUCUGUGCGAUGAGUGCGGAGCUCUGUUCUCCAGCCAGAGCGCCCUACAGCAGCACCGACUCAGCGUACACCACUGCUUACAGCCAUUCAAAUGCCACGUCUGCCCCGCUGCCUUCCGCAGGAGCUACGAACUUGACCGCCAUCUUGUUUUCCACAGCCAAAACUUUGCGGCGGUGCAGGGCACGUCAGGCACCCCUCCGUCUAUCGUUAUCGCUGGCACGUCUUUUUCUGAGCAGCGAGAAUUUGCAGCGGACAAGCCGUUUCACUGUGAUAUUUGUCGGAUUUCAUUUAAAACGAAGAGUAACCUCUCGCAGCACAACCUGUUUCGCCACACGGAGGAACGGCCAUUUAAAUGUGAGCUCUGCCACGCUGGCUUCAAGCGCAACUUUGAGCUCAAUCGCCACAUGAACACUCACAAUAGGAGAAGAGAUAUGGACGGAGCCAUUUAAUUUGUCCCAAACAUGCAA